AUGCAAGGAAUCCCCGAAUUUCAACAGAACAUCAUAUCUCUUGAUGGUUAUGCCACAACUGGAUUUGUAGCUACUACCAACAUAUUAAUAGUUUGCAGAGUAAAGCCAGACCCAUCAGAUUACAAGCUAGAAAUAGCAGCUACAGAUGUAAAACAAAACUACUGGGAAUGCAUAUGAGGAAUCCACGAAUUUAAUCAUCAUCAAGACACUAUUGGGGUAACCCAGAAAAAUUGGCGUGUUUAUUUUGACUUACUAGCGACAGCUUUAGCAAAUAAGCCGAUUUUAGCAACAAUUAGAGACCGUGAUCUAUGUCUUCAAAUAGAAUAUCCAAUAGCUCAAGCACAGCUGAGAGGAGAAAUCAUACUGAAAAACACUCCAGACGAGAGGCGAACAAAUAUUACUGAUUUGGUGUUUCGAGGAAUCGCUGGAUUAGAACCUAAAGUCAGCUUAAAAAGACCAAGACCUAGCUCUCCUGAGCUUUCUCAAAUGAUGAGCCAGCCUAAGCCAGUUGAAAUCCCUAAAGCUCCUAAAGUAAAGGCUAAGGCUGGAGGUUUAAAGAAAAAACCAAAAAGUAAACAAAUCGGUUCUAAAAUUGCAUAG